CCUGGAUGGCAACCUCAUAAACACUGCAUCCUAGAGCCCCAUCUUUCAUAACGUUUAUACCAUCUACAGUCCAGCAUCUGCCAAGAUCGCUUGCAACUGGGGAGAGAAUAUCUGGAAUCCCAAGUGAGGGUCUCUUGAUCUUCACUAGGAGGGUUAAUGACUCCAUCACCAUUAUGAUUACCAUAGACCUGGCUACCACUGUCUUGUUCUGCUCUAGUUGCCGUGGCCACAAGAAAGUCCAGGAGGACAUCUUGUUAUGCUAACAGGAAAAGGGACCACGAAACAGCUUCCUAGUUCCUCUUAGAUACGGGCCCAGCUAAUGCCAUACAGGUGUGAAUUCCCAGAUCUGGAUAGCAGAUGCGCAGGCCGUUCUCGGAAGACCCUCGCUAGGACUGACAUGCACUGAGAUACAUUCCCACCGGAUGAAAAUCCCCUGUCUCAUUAGCAACCAGGAAGCAACGCUAGCUCUUAUGUAUUUGUCAAAUAGCUCGUGCAUCUCUGAUGUUUGGUUUCCAUCCCCAACGAUCCUCACACUGUCUAGCAUUUUUAACAAAGAAACAACGGCAGACUAACGCUCCGAAGGUUGGAGCUCUUGCCUGGAAAAAAAAAUCGCAGCUUCUAUGUUGCUGAUCUCUCCAAACCAAGCUUUAAAGAAGCGUAAGUUUACUGCUCUCCCUCGACGUGCGCCAGCCUGGCAGCACAGACCGCUUCUGCUCCUGCACUUGCCCCUGUGUGGGGGCUCUGCAGCAUCCCUGUCACUUCCCUAGUUUACUUCAGGUAAAGGUGGCUUUCCUACUCAUCCAGCAUUCCCUUAACCACACCAAGUCCGAGGGCUGGGAUCUAGAACAGGGCUUUCGCAUACUUGGAGAACGAACCAGCUCUGGUUUUGAUCUGUGACCUCAGAACAGCUUCUGGGUUUAAAAUCCUGGCAAACACUAACUGGGGUGUAUUCUUAAGCUCUUCCCAGAUGCACACUCUUUCCUCUGAUUUGAAUACAAAUAGAAGCUUCCGUUUCCCCCUCUGCCCUUCUUUCUCCACCGAGAGGCACACUUGCUUUUUCUCACAACCAAGUCGACCCUCUGUGAAGGGAGCGCUUUGAUCCCGCUGCGGAAGGCAUCUUUCUCGAUGGUCUCCACCCUUCAUUACUCUACCCAAAUGACCUAUCCUUCCCGGCCACCCUAGCGCCCAAGAGUGGAGAGAGGAGUCCUCGCACACUCGCUUUGCAGUGCCUGCCUUCCGCAGAGCCCACGCAAUUCGGACGCUGUGGGGAGUACGACAUGCUGCUGGGGCGAAAUCGCCAGUGCCAGGCAGUGCUGGUGGCGCUGCUCCGGUGAUAGGGUGACAGGCUUCUCACUUCUCUCAUCUCCAAGCAUCCUUCCUGCCACCGGCGCCCAUUCCUCCCUCCACGCCCCCCUCCCCUCUCUCGCGCCUAAGAGGACCUCCUUUGGGGAACAGAUUUCCGCACGGCUGCGACCCCAAGCCUGGCAACAUGUGGAACGCGACGCCCAGCGAAGAGCCGGAGCCUAACGUCACGCUGGACCUGGACUGGGACGCUUCCCCCGGCAACGACUCGCUGUCUGACGAACUGCUGCCGCUGUUCCCCGUGCCGCUGCUGGCGGGCGUCACUGCCACCUGCGUGGCGCUCUUUGUGGUGGGCAUCUCGGGCAACCUGCUCACCAUGCUGGUGGUGUCCCGCUUCCGCGAGCUGCGCACCACCACCAACCUCUACCUGUCCAGCAUGGCCUUCUCGGAUCUGCUCAUCUUCCUGUGCAUGCCGCUGGACCUCGUCCGCCUCUGGCAGUACCGGCCCUGGAACUUCGGCGACCUGCUCUGCAAACUCUUCCAGUUUGUGAGCGAGAGCUGCACCUACGCCACGGUCCUCACCAUCACCGCGCUGAGCGUCGAGCGCUACUUUGCCAUCUGCUUCCCGCUGCGGGCCAAGGUGGUGGUCACCAAGGGCCGUGUGAAGCUGGUCAUCCUCGUCAUCUGGGCCGUGGCCUUCUGCAGCGCAGGGCCCAUCUUCGUGCUGGUGGGCGUGGAGCACGAGAACGGCACAGAUCCCCGGGACACCAACGAGUGCCGCGCCACCGAGUUCGCUGUGCGCUCUGGGCUGCUCACGGUGAUGGUGUGGGUGUCGAGCAUCUUCUUCUUCCUGCCUGUCUUCUGCCUCACUGUGCUCUACAGCCUCAUCGGGAGGAAGCUGUGGCGGAGGCGCGGCGACGCGGCGGUGGGCGCCUCGCUCAGGGACCAGAACCACAAGCAGACAGUGAAGAUGCUUGCUGUGGUGGUGUUUGCUUUCAUUCUCUGCUGGCUGCCCUUCCACGUGGGGAGAUACCUGUUUUCUAAGUCCUUCGAGCCCGGCUCUCUGGAGAUCGCGCAGAUCAGCCAGUACUGCAACCUGGUGUCCUUUGUUCUCUUCUACCUCAGCGCUGCCAUCAACCCCAUUCUCUACAACAUCAUGUCCAAGAAGUACCGCGUGGCCGUGUUCAAACUUCUAGGAUUUGAAUCCUUCUCCCAGAGAAAGCUUUCCACUCUGAAGGACGAGAGUUCCCGGGCCUGGACAAAGUCGAGCAUCAACACAUGACAGCGCGCAUCACAUCUCUCCGUCAUCGCUCAUUGCUCCACACCAGAAGCCAUAGCCGAGUGGGAGUUGGGAGGAGGCAGAAGAUCAGUUUGGGGAUUAGAGACACAUGGAUCUGGAAACAAUCGGGGGUGGGGAGUAGAGCCAGAUGGGCAGGGUCCGCGCAGACUGAUCUGCUUGUGGGCCCACAAGAGCACUCGUGCGCAGCCCCUGCACACCCGUGUCUGUGAGUUUUGCAUUUGGAGCUACUGGCGAUUUUGCAGAGGGAGGAACAGGGCAGAGCAGGCACCGGCUGUCCUUCUUGGUGUGUAACACUAAACCCCAUUUGCUUUUCUCAUCAGAAUAGACGUAAAAUGAGAUUACAAACAACAACAACUUAAGACAUGACCUUUCAAAGCCAGCAGUCUCCACAAAGCUCCAUCCCAUGCACCCCAAAGCACCAUAGCAUAAGGCAUCUACGUAAUCCAUAGACAGUGAUUAAUGAGAACUCUCCAUCCCUUCCUUAGCAUAGUGACUCUGAACUCUAGCAUGUUCCCUAUACACGCAGCCCACUUGGAGGUGGGCAGUGAGUUCCAUUAGUAAUAUUGGAUGCAUUUAAUUUAAGCAUAGAAAAGUAGAUCCAAUGGCUUAAAUUUUGCCAACACAUUUAAAACUUAAGUAGCAUACUUUACAAAGUCUUUGUUCUAAUUCAGAGUUAAUUAAAAUAAGCGAUUCAGUCCUUCAGUUGUUCUAGGUGUAUUUCAGGUAUUUGACAAAUAUGGCUUGUGGUCCUCACACCAGGCAAGUACUCCAGAGUCCAUGCAAAAGAAUUACUAAUCUCAUAUAAAAGUCGAAACUAUGUACCUGUUCCUUUCAACUGUUUUUUAAUAGUAGAUUAGCAUACCAGCAUUUUAGAGUAAUAAAUCCUAUGGUCACACAAAUGCUUUACCUUCACAAUGGGAAGAGAGUGGAAUGCAUCUUAAAAAUAAGUUAUACAUUUCAAGAAUACGUUUAAUUGCAUGUAUUGAUUCAGAAAUAUUUUUUUAAUAUUCCUGAAAUAUUUUGAAAAACACAGCUAAUCACAGACUGCCUUUUUUGACUUAAUAUGUGAACUAGUCGUAAGCCUUUAAUUUGUGAAUGAGGUAAUUAUUAUUUUUCUGGCCAGCUUAUAUAACGUAAGGAAUAUCAGAAAG